CACACCCUCGUUAUCCGGUCUCUCUCAUUUUUUCCCCCAACAAUCACAUCACACGUAUCUUUCCUUUUCAUUUUAACUUCUCUCUCUGGAAUUCCAUCUCCCCCUACUUUUACUCUCCUUGUGAAGCUCCUACAAUAAGGUGCGUUGAUCUUAGAUAUCCUGCUUUUAUAUUGUACGAGGAUAUCUUUUCAUGACCAUCACGGAAACUUUUAUAGCUAGAUCACUAAGCUUCGAGGGUGAUGACAUAGAGACUGCACUGCAAUCUAUUAGUUUUAAAAGUCUAGAUUCUGAGUCUGGCAUUGUGAAAUCAGUUGAACCCCCAAAAUUGGCACUUGAAAGAUCUGUUGCCUAUAUAGAUAUGGAUCAGGGGUCACCGGUAGCCAUCAACUCUUCUCCCUCACAUGCAGAAGACAAUGUAACUCUUGUGGAAGUUGGCAGUAACAGUGAACAAAGUGGUGAUUAUUCGCCAAGUAUAGACAUGCCAACAAAUAAUCACCUUAAACCACCAAGGUCGAAGGCCCCAGAACAUCUGGCAGCACUGAGGUUGCAGAAAACAUAUAAAAGUUUCCGAAUUAGAAGACAACUUGCUGAUUGCGCAGUUCUGGCCGAGCAGAGAUGGUGGAAGUUACUAGAUUUUGCUCAACUCGAGCGCACUUCUGUGUCAUUUUUUGAGGUUGAGAAACCAGAAACUGCUAUUUCACGUUGGUCUCGAGCAAGUACCAGAGUAGCUAAGGUGGGAAAAGGCUUGUCAAAGGAUGAGAAGGCACGCAAACUUGCCUUACAGCAUUGGCUAGAAGCAAUCGAUCCCCGACAUCGUUAUGGUCAUAAUCUUCACUUCUACUAUUCUCAUUGGCUGCAAUGUGCCAGCAAACAGCCCUUUUUCUAUUGGCUUGAUGUAGGAGAAGGGAGAGAGCUUAACCAUGAAAGAUGCUCUAGGUCAAAGCUUCUGCAACAAUGCAUAAAGUAUCUUGGUCCGACAGAAAGGAAGGAAUACGAAGUCGAAGUGGUUAGUGGAAGUUUAAUCUACAGACACAGCGGGAAGGUUAUUGAUACCAGUGAAGGACCUGCAGAUGUCAAGUGGAUAUUUGUUCUCAGCGCUUAUAAGAUCUUGUAUGUUGGGAAGAAGAAGAAAGGCAAAUUUCAACAUUCAAGCUUCUUGGCUGGUGGUGCAACAUUGUCUGCUGGGAGAUUGGUGGUGGUAAAUGGUAUUUUGAAGGCGGUUUGGCCUCACAGUGGACACUACCUCCCAACAGAAGAAAAUUUUCAGGCACUUAUGUUAUUUCUCUUGGAACACAAUGUAGAUCUCGACACGGUCCAGAAAAACUGCAGUGAUGAUGAAGAAGAACCUCGUUUCAGGAAGGAACCUGGUUUGCAUAGCAGCAAGUCAGAAUCAGAUCUUCCUCAUAUGAGGGAACAAGAUGAUAACAUAAGCUCUACUUUGGCAAGGCGGACACGUGGGAUCUCAUUAACACUGACGACUCUUGAAAUACCUAAAAAGGAGAGAUUAAUUGAGGUGUUUAAGAAGGAAGGAGAACAGCAAAGAGCUAGAUAUAGUUCUCGCCCCAUAUAUUGUUCAUCCGAUGAGGAUGGCAAUGAAGCAUCAGAGGAAACUGAUGAUGAGCUUAUAGUUUCUAAGCGUAAUCUGUUUGAUGAAGACGAAGAAGAAUAUGAAGAACCCGUUCCUAGAGAAAAGAUCAUGGCAAGAUUAGCUUCGCAUAAAGGAAUGAUGUCUUACCAGUUUGCACAACAGGUAUCUUGCAAAUGGACAACAGGAGCUGGUCCGAGGAUUGGAUGCAUGAGGGACUAUCCUUCAGAACUUCAAUCCAGAGUUCUGGAGGAUGUGAGUUUGUCCCCAAGGGCAAGAGGCAGUCAUUACUCUCCACGAAAGUCACCUCAUGGUGCAAGGCUUCCAACUCCGACUAAUACCCGAGGGGAAACAACUCCGGGCAAAAGUCCUCUUGCUCGAGAGUAAGUUUCUCAAAGACCACUUUACCUUUGGAGCAACUUUUUCAUCAAAUAUCAAGUGUAUAAUUAUUUCAGUUGUAUUGGAUGCUUAAUUAGUUAUACCUGGUUUUCAAGUUGAAAAAGAUGGCAGGAAUUCUUUAUUAUUCA